UUACAACAAUGCAUGUCAAAAUGCUAACAACGAUAUUGUUAAUGUUACUAAUUAAUUUGACUUUUGCUGAACCGAUACGUCGCUACCAGAACAAAAAAAACAACCAAAAUACAGUAUGUACGUACACAGGACUACACGGCCGAUGUUAUGACCCCAAUCAAGUGAAUAAUUAUGAUGCUCCCCACGUGAAGAAGCAUUAUCGAAACGCAAAACUUUCUGGACUGAAAAAGAAACAGUUACAGUCAAGAGUAAAUCAUCCGUACCCAAUGGUAAAAAGUCCUUAUAAUCCUUAUGAAAAUUCUCACAAGAAACAUGGCCGAAAUAAACAGAUUCAUCCUUCAAUUUACAAUGAUCAGCAAUAUCGUCCUUAUCCUCAAACUUCAAAAUUCAUUCCUGAUUUACCUUUCCUGUUCAAAGAUUAUGAACAAUGGUUUGGUAACUACGAUGAAUUGUAUUUCGUCAACAAAUAUCCUGAAGUUUAG